AUGUUCCACAAUAGCACAGGUACAGGUCUGGGGGGUCAGCACACCCCCACCAGUAACACUGGGCCGCCCCAUGACAACAUGUUCCACAAUAGCACAGGUAUACAUGUCUGGGGGAGUCAGCACACCCCCACGAGUAACACUGGGCCGCCCCAUGACAACACGUUUCGCAAUAGCACAGGGAAGUACAUGUACGUUGAGGCCAGUGGCGGUACCGCAGGUGACACGGCUCGGCUCAUCAGCGCACCGCUAAACAUGGAGAACAACAUUUGUCUGAACUUUAACUACCACAUGUACGGCACACAAGUCGGCAUCCUCAACGUGUACACGAAACAGCGCGGGAACAACAACACCCUUGGAGAGGCCAUUUUCAGCAGGUCAGACUUCCAGGGGGACCACUGGAAGUUCAGCGAGUUGGCACUGCCAAAACGGGAAGGAUUCUUACAGAUUGUUUUCGAGACUGUUCGUGGCAGCGGUGCUUACGGCGACAUUGCCAUCGAUGAUGUCGGAAUAAUAACGGAUGCCUGCGUACGUCUUUCCGGCGGGAAUACCUCUGCCGAAGGAAGGGUGGAAGUGCUUCACUACGGGGAGUGGGGAACGGUCUGUAACGACCGGUGGGGAGACGAGGAUGCGCAGGUGGUGUGCCGUCAGCUGGGCUACCGUUACGCCCGGCCUGUCUCCUCCCAGCGUUCCUUCGGGCGGGGCGGCGGGCACAUCUGGAUGGACCAGCUGGCCUGUACCGGGAACGAGUCCAGACUGGCCGACUGUCCGCACAACGGCUGGGCGGAUCACGACUGUGCGCACGACGAGGACGCCAGUGUUUCCUGUUAUGAUUAUACAGGUUGUGAUGAGUACCGUGCCUCAGGACGGACAGCAAGUGGCGUGUACACCAUGUUUUUCUACCCUGACCGGAUCGGAGUCUAUUGCGACAUGGACACUGCAGAAGGCGGUUGGACUGUGAUCCAGCGGCGGCAGGACGGGUCGGUUCCCUUUAACCGGAACUGGGAGGAGUACAAACUGGGCUUUGGGGACAAAAAGGGGGAAUUUUGGCUUGGAAACGAGAUGAUCCACUUCCUGACAAACUUUAAAAAACACCAGUUAAGAAUAGACAUGGAGGAUUGGGGAGGGAACAAACGUUUCGCCAUGUAUAGCACUUUCAGGGUGUCCGGUGAGUCGGACGGUUACCGCCUGCAUCUUUCUGGCUAUUCUGGUGACGCGGGAGACUCCAUGACUGGCCCGAACUCCAACAACGGGUACAGGUUCUCCACUGUGGACAGGGACAAUGAUAUUCACCCCAGCUUGCAUUGCUCUCAGAAGCGUGGACAGGGCGGCUGGUGGUAUGUAAGGUGUGGCAACUCCUACCUCAACGGCCGCUACCUGGUCAACUGUGGAAACUCCUGUCCAGGUGAGCAAGGUGUAAUGUGGUACAAAUGGAGAGGCUGGACUUACUCCCUGAAGUCUGUGUCUAUGAAAAUAAGGCCAUAUUAUUAAUCAGAGCAUCUUAGAACAUAUUUUUGGGGAAUAUUGCCACAGUCAUGUCUAUCAAUACUAACAUUUUUUAUGAGCAGCGUUAACACCUUGAAGGAAAAGAUUAUAAUAAUGUGAUACAUACCCAUGGAUUUAACGUCCAGAAAAGAGUUUAAGCACAUUAAUGUUCCGAUUCACUAUCAUUUUGUUGUGACAAAUUGGACAAAUUGCAUUGUUUGGAUAUUUCAUGUUAUCAUUAAAAAAAGGAGGAACGUGCUGAUAUCUGCAUAGGGGAAAGAUUAAGAUACUUAUCGUUAAUGUAGCGGAGUCAAUUAUUUCGCGUGCUUUAUAGUAAAACCUGACAUGGAUCAUUUUCAUAAUUAGGUUUCAUUUCCAGCACUAUGUUCUGAUGCUUGUUAUCUUGAAACUAUCAUUGAGUGUAAGAGAAUGUCCAGCCUUAUAUGUAUUUCAGUACUCUUAUAAGUGAGUAGUUUUACUUUGAGUAAGUCUUUUAGACACUGAAAUAGCCUUCUUGCUAACAUUCUCUUACUUGGUCAGGAAGUAAGCAGAAGAUAGUGAGGUUAUCAUUUAGUUGAUACAUAUAUUGGACAUCAUAGUAGCGGAAUCUUCUUGUUGUACUCUGUUUCUUUCUAUAAUCCUAUAGUUAUCACUAAACAUCAGGGUUUCUACAUGUAUCAAAGGUUUCAAAUGAUAAUGUGAAAGAUGAAAUUCUUUAUCGAUCGUAGAAAGUAUGGAAUAUUUACAUUUAAAUUCAAGUACUUAAAUAGUUUGGUGGUGAUAGUUUCCCACUGUAUUUGGCCGAUUAGAAAACUUAAUGUAUUUUUUUUUAGAAAAUGAAUAGUAUCUGUAAGAGUUUAAUUCGUCGACAAAGUUUUACCAUUAGAUUUAAAAAAUGUAUAGUUUCAUAUUACUUUCUUAUCCUCUGCUAAUAUAUAAUGUGCCUUUAAGUGAAGGUGAGAAUUAUUUUCUAAUAGGAUAUAUGUCUCAUAUAGUAAGAUUCUUUCGGCACAACCAAGGAGUACUUACUUCCAACGUUGCCUAAAGAACCUUACUAUAUGAAUAAUUGAUUAAGGCCACCUGAUUAAGGUAUUUACAGAUGAUAUGUGUCUGUUUGAAAUUGUUUUGUUAAGUAUAGUUUUACUGUUCAAAUAUACUGUGAGAUUGAACCUCACUGUACAUUUUCAAAUGGUGCUUUUGGUGUAUACUGCUAUUACAUUUGUACUUAACUAUACGGUACAUGACUAGAUCUUCAUUUGUAUGCAAUUUUCUGUUUUGUUUGCCAAGUGGAAUUUGUAUUUUGUGUAGUAUGUUCUGUUCGUAUGUUAGGGCCCAAUAUACAAUAAUGAAUGGUAUAUUUUU